UAUUUUUAUUCGAAGCUGAUACUUUUGCCUGAGCCACAAGUGCUGCUUGGAAAGGGCUCAGGUUGUUUCCAGGGGGAGAACUCUGCAGAGAAGAGACAAAGUUCAACAAGACAACAAAGGAGCAGCAGAAACAACCAGGAAAACGAAGAGCCCUCACGUUUUCAUCUAGACCGCCCCCAUCAGAGUUCUCGAAUCCUAAAGUAUUCUGCCAAGUGCCGCUUGACUGGAACUUUUUGUCUGCCUUUUCCUUUCUCCAACCACCAUGACUGAGAUCACUGCUGAAGGAAAUGCAUCUACCACCACAACUGUUAUAGACAACAAAAAUGGAUCUGUACCUAAAUCCCCUGGCAAAGUGCUGAAGAGGACAGUCACAGAAGACAUAGUGACCACAUUCAGCUCCCCGGCAGCCUGGCUUCUGGUCAUUGCUCUGAUAAUCACAUGGUCAGCUGUCGCCAUUGUUAUGUUUGAUUUAGUGGACUACAAAAACUUUUCAGCAAGCUCUAUUUCCAAGAUUGGCUCAGAUCCACUAAAAUUCGUACAUCAUGCUGUGGAGGAAACCACGGACUGGGUCUAUGGCUUCUUUUCUUUGUUGUCUGACAUCAUCUCAUCUGAGGGUGAUGAAGAAGAUGAUGACGGGGACGAGGACACUGAUAAAGGAGAAAUAGAAGAGCCUCCCUUGAAAAAAAAAGAAAUACACAAAGAAAAACCCGAAAAGCAGAAGAAACCUGAAAAGAAAAUACAAACCAAAGUUACACACAGAGAAAAAGGAAAAGACAAAGAUAAAGUAAAAGAAAAAGAAAAACCUGAAAAGAAAGCUGCUCACAAGGAAAAAAUUGAGAAAAAAGAAAAACCAGAAACAAAGACAGUGUCAAAAGAAGAGAAAAAAGCUAAGACUAAGGAAAAGACCGAAGAAAAGAAAAAGGAGCUGAAAGUUGGGAAGCAGGAGAAGGUGAAGCAAACAGCUGCCAAAACAAAAGAAGCCCAGAAAACAUCACCUAAAGCCAAAGAGAAGGAUGAGAAAGAGCCCGCGGCUGUUUCCAAACAUGAAGGUAAACACUCAGACGAGGCGGCUGGAGGUUCUAAGAGAAUAUUGGGCAAGAAGCAGAUGCAGUGAAAUUAAAAUCUGAAAAAGACUGAGAUCAGACAUCAAAUGGGAGAAAAAGACUUGUAUAAGU